AUGCUUGUUGAAGACUACAGUAGUGGCAGCGAAAGUGAAGGCGACUCACAGGUAGCUCCUCCGAAGCAACCUAAUCCUCCAUCCAAAAAAUCCUCAUCUCUAGUAUUGCCACCACCAGGGCCUACCGUCAAGGCGAAAAGAAAAGUUGCAAUUGGGUUACCUACUCUGAAACCUGCCGAAGAUGAACACGAAGAUGAUGACAGACCAGCACCCAAAAAAUUCCGGCCAUCACCUGGUGCAGGAGCAUCGUCGUUACUGUCGAUGCUUCCCGCACCAAAGCAGAAGAUAGUCAGUCCUGCAGCUCCCGAACGAGUUUUGGGUGGAGGAAAGGGUCCUGGGCUAGUUUUCAAUUCACGACCACGACCUCCUACAGAACCCCCUCUAAACGAUUCAGAUGAGGUAGAUGGGAUAAACGAAGAGGAGGCUGAGCAAACCAGCACUCUUUUGAAAGCAGACACUUCUGCAACGUCUAUGUUAUUUCUCCCACCUUCUCUUGUGAAAGGAAAAGCCAAUAUCUCCCUUGAAGAAGGGAAGCCACGAGCACGUCCACGGACCACGACCGCCGCUGCUCCUGCGACGGGGUUCUUCUCAUUGGGCUCCACCUCCACCUCCACCUCCACAUCCACAUCCACUGCCUCAUCUCAACCGAAAGCAGCCCCGGUGAGCAUAUCAGCGGCGCCAGAGCUACCUACCUUCGAAAUACCCGAACCAACUGUAAACGACCCAUAUCCGGGCUACUAUCAACUCCCCUCAGGACAGUGGGCCGCUCAUUCCUUUGAAUUUUAUGAGAAGUUUAGAAAGAAGUGGGAAAAAGACUAUAAUACACAGCUUCGAGCGCUCGAGAAGGGUUCUGCAAAGGGUUUCGAAGGCUACGAUCGCGGAGACGUGGAGGAUGUGGAUGCCGCACAACAGAUGGAGCGCGCGAAGCGAGAGGUCAAAGAACUAGAGGAAAGGAAAGCAGUUACGAAAAUUGCUCAAGGAGAACCUGCGAAACCUAAGAUGACCUUGAAUGCAUCCAAGAUGAGCGGCAUAGCUCGCUCCAGACAUCAGCUAGCGACGAUGCUCAACGAGGCGUACACAAAUCGAGAGGCACUAGAAGAGAAGAUAGCCGAGGGUCGCAGAAACCGCAAGGAGGCAGGAAAUAAAUAUGGAUUCUGAUAUUGGCCUUGUUACGACUCAAGAACAGAUGCC